CUGAUCUCGCUUAGAAAGACAAUUUGGGAUGACGGAGUUUUCAGUGACUGCGUUUCGGAGUCUCUCAAUUACUCAAAACUGGACAGAUUUCGUCUGUCGUACAAUAUUACCAAGAAUUUGGACUUCAUGGAAACGUUAGCUGCAGUAAACCAGUAUCUAAGUUACAACGUGCUCAAAUGCAAUACUCGUACUGGACAGAAUUGGGAUUUAGAAAAGGAUGAUGAAGCUCAGCCAUUUAAAGUGAUGGCGGAAGUGUCAAUGACUGGGAAUCAAUCUGCAGCAAAGUACUGUGAAUACUUAAUUUGCUGCAGUUCUCAAAGCAGUUAA